CUCAAAUAGAGGACAGGUACCCCUCCCGCCUCCUUACGGCGGCGUUUCGUUCUUCUUCCCGCCUUUUUUUUUCUCUUUUUGACUCACUCAUGAACGGAAGAAGCAAGGGCCAAUUUCUUGUAUGCAAUUUCCAACAAAUCAGAACAAUAGUAAAAGUCCGGCUGAAAUGGGUGAAGAACAGCUCCUUAGACCAUUAAUCGACGUCCAAACAGACCUUAAAGCCGCCUGCCUUCUCAAGGACGCUAUAGCACGCUUCUCCACAGGCUAUUUGCCCUCCAAAUCACUGGAAAAUACCCAGAAGCUAUUGGGCAUCACUGUCCCGACGCUGCGUUUCAUUCGCAGAUUCCCGACUUUAUUCCAUGAGUUCCCUCACCCCAAAUGGCCUUCUUUGGCCCGUUUUGAGCUGACCCAUGUUGCCAAAUUGCUUCGUCAGCAAGAAAUGAAGGUCUUUGAUGAAUGCCAGACUGAUUUGGUUGAAAGGCUUUGCCUCCUCCUCACGAUGUCCAAGUCCCAAAUGAUACCUCUGCAAUCAAUACAUCCGUUGAAAUGGGAUUUUGGUUUGCCAGAUGAUUUUGACAAGAAUUUAGUCAAAAGGUUCCCAGAUCAUUUUCAGAUUGUUAAAGGAACAAAUGGAUUGGCUUGUUUGAAGCUUGUUCAGUGGCGAGAAGAAUUUGCUGUAUCUGAGCUGCAAAAGAGCAAUGAGAAGAGAGGAUUAGAAAGUGAUAAUGGUGCUGAUGGAAGAAAUGCUUAUAAGUAUCGGGAAUUCAAGAGGGGAAAAUCAGCUUUAGAGUUCGCAAUGAGUUUUCCCAGAGGCUAUGGAGCUCAAAAGAAGGUGAAGGCAUGGAUGGAGGAAUUUCAAAAGCUACCCUACAUCUCUCCUUAUGAGGAUUCCAGGAGGAUUGACCCAAAUAGUGAACUUGUGGAGAAGAGAGUUGUUGGAGUGCUCCAUGAAUUUUUGAGCUUGACUAUUUACAAGAAGACAAAGAGGAAUUACUUGAGGUCCUUGAGAGAGGAGUUAAUUCUUCCCCACAGGUUUACUCGACUAUUUACUAGGUACCCAGGGAUAUUUUACUUAUCGCUAAAAUGUAAGACAACUACUGUUGCACUGAGAGAGGGGUACCGCAGGGGAAGACUAGCGGAACGACAUCCUAUUGCUUGACACAGGGAUAAGUUUCAUCAUGUAAUGAGAACUGGGUUGGUAUACCGAUGUAAAGGGAUUGAAGUUCUACCUCAGCUGGACAGUUUGAUUGAUGAAGCCGAAGAGGACAAAGUUGAAGGUCAAAGCGAAGAAGAAGAGAUUGAAACAAGUGAUGAAUGCUAUGAAGCUGGUACUUCGGAGGUGGAGAGUGCGUCUGAUGAGGAUUAGCAUUGAGUUGUCUGAAUGACCCCUUUUUUUUGUCGGGUUGGGCUAAGAGAUAUUGAGCUCUAUAGGUAGAUAGGUCCUGCUGUGUAACAUUCUAGAUCUGUAUUUCAGUAUUCUUGCUUGAUGCAUGGUCUGGUAUACAAGUGUUACAGAUGGCUUCAUUGCUCAUUCAAAGCGAGAAUAGUAUUUAUUUUUGUAAUUGGCUUACAGAUAUGUUUGCUAAGAGAUUCAAGUUUAGCAUUGCCAUUUAGUAGAGAGCCAGCAACUGGGAUGCAGCAAUUGCUUGGCUUACUUGAACUAAAGACUUGAUGCUGUAUAACAUUUUACC